AUAGUCAAGUGUUUCACUGUUUGCUUCUAGUAAAUAUUUAGACACUUUUAUUACAAUUACUAAAUGUCUAGGAGCGAUAGUGUAAUUAGUGGUUUGGGAUGGCUUCGGACGAAGAAGGCACACAAUUAUCUCCCCUGAAUACGAGUUGGAGAAAUUUCGGAACUAAUGAAAGUUCCGGAAUUUUCGGCGAAAGCGACCAAUACACCCGAAAAAUCCGGACUUAUAGCCAGUGGUCCCCGAUGGAGGAAGGAGUAACUCUCGCCUGGAACGACGUGUCCGUCUAUAUCCAAACCAAGAAAAAGGGUAAAACCACAUGCAAACGAAUCAUCAACGGAGUUACCGGCGCCGUAAAAGCGGGAAGUUUAGUAGCUUUGAUGGGGGCGAGUGGCGCUGGGAAAAGUACGCUAAUGUCCACUUUAGCCUACAGAAACGCCAGUGGUGCGUGUGUUGAGGGGGAUAUUUUAAUUAACGGGCGGCCUAUUGGCGACUAUAUGAAAUAUAUAAGUGGGUUUAUGCACCAAGAGGACAUUUUCAUCGGCUCUUUGACUGUCUUGGAACACAUGAAUAUCAUGGCAAGGCUCAAACUUGACCGCAAGACGACUCAACAAGAGCGAAAUUCGAAGAUUUAUGAAAUUUUGAAAAGUCUUGGACUUACUAAGUGUCUCAAUACGAGGAUUGGGAUUAAUGGGGAGAGCAAAGUCUUGUCAGGGGGCGAGAAAAAACGACUCGCUUUUGCGACAGAACUCCUAACAGACCCCCCAAUCUUAUUCUGCGAUGAACCCACGACCGGUCUCGACUCAUACUCAGCCCAAAAAAUCAUAACAAUGAUGAACACGAUGGCGUGUAGUGGAAAAACAAUUCUUUGCACAAUCCACCAGCCAUCAUCGGACAUUUUUGCAAUAUUUAGUCAAUUAAUUUUGAUGGCUGAUGGUCGAAUUGCGUUCAUGGGGAGUGCAGCAUCGGCACUGGAUUUUUUCGAAAAGGCCGGUUACAGGUGUCCUACGUCGUACAACCCAGCCGAUUUCUUCAUCAAAACACUGGCAACAACGCCUGGUUAUGAGGAAAAUAGUAGACAGUGUAUAAAGAGAAUUUGUGAUUAUUUCGUCGUCAGUGAUUACAACAAAGAGGUGAACGUUGUUGUUCAGUAUGAAUUUCACAUGGGGAGAGCAGUGGAGAGCAAAAUUUACAAGCUUAGGACCAAUUUUAAUGAGUUGUUUUUCUGGCAAAAAUUGUACUGGUUGACUUAUCGAUGGUUUCUGGAUUUGUGGAGGGACCCGACUCUUCAAGCAACGAAAAUAUCGGAAAAAAUUGUUAUUGGAAUUAUGAUCGGUUUGUGUUAUUUGGGCACAGAUUUUACAACACAGAUUGGGGUACAAAAUGUCCAAGGAAUUAUUUUCUUAUUGGUUUCAGAAAAUACGUUCACACCGAUGUAUUCCAUUUUGGAUGAGUUUCCACAGAAAUACCCCCUGUUUUUGAGGGAGUAUAAUUCAGGGUUGUACUCAGCGUUUUUGUAUUUCUUAUCGCGAAUUCUCUCAAUGCUGCCGGGUUUAAUAAUCGAGCCGAUUUUGUUCGUGAUUAUCGUCUAUUGGCUUUCGGGCCUCCGUGCCUCCGCUUAUGCCUUCCUAAUGACAACUUUGGCGGGCAUUCUUACCUUGAAUUCGGCCGCUGCGUGCGGUAAGUCGUUCAAAAGCCGUGAUUUGGCACGAUUUUUCACGUUAAAAUUUAAAUACGGCCAAAUUCGGGCUAUUAUUAGUGCUCUAUUUGAAUUACGGAUUUAUUCCCGGGAUUUCCAGUUCACUGAUUCAUUUCGGUUUACUCUUUUAAUAUUAAAGAUUCAAAACGUUCCAGGAAUAUUCUUUUCGAAUGCGUUUGAUUCCGUGCCUGCGGCUAUGGCCUAUUUGGUGCCUUUUGAUUACGUGCUUAUGCUAACAUCGGGGGUUUUUGUUAAAUUAAGCACUCUUCCACGAGUUUUUUCCUGGACCAAAUAUCUCUCCUGGUUGAUGUAUUCAACCGAAUCCAUUUCUAUAAUUCAAUGGAACGGAAUAAAAAAUAUCACAUGCGAUAUUUCCGACCAGGAAAUCCCUUGCCUAACUUCAGACACUCAGGUCCUAGAGAAAUACAGUUUUUCAGAAGAUAAUUUGUCACGUGAUUUAUGGAGCAUGCUGUUUCUCUGUAUCAUAUUUCACUGUUUAAGUUUCAUCUGUUUGUGGCUUAAAAUCAGGAAGAGAUAAUUUGAA